UUCCACCGCCUCACAUCAUUCCAGAUGUCAAUUGGCGACAGGCGAAAAUAGCCCUUGGGUAAACAAGUAAAAGAACCCAGCUCCCUUGCACAGUGUACUAUUGAUAUUGAUUUUCUGACUGAUUGUUUCAAGGGGUGGAUGCAGGGGAGUUGCUUUGGUAGCACAAACGUGUAAAAAGCAGGUUUUAAACGAGUAGAAUGAAUAAAUAUGCCCAGAAAGCCCUAAGAACUCAAAGGAAGUAAGAGAAAAGACAGGUCAUCACUGGAACCCCUUAUUUCUCCUCCAGUUAUGUCUGCUGCUGGCACCCCAUCCACCGACCCCUGGGUUAUCGUCGCAAGGGAAAAGGCGAGAUACGAAGAACAGUUCAGGUCCUUAAAACCCAACAAUGGGGUGGUUACAGGUGAACAAGCCAAAGGGUUCUUUUUGCAGAGCCAACUUCCACCUUUGGUACUUGGCCAGAUUUGGGCUUUGGCCGACACAGACUCAGAUGGCAAAAUGGACAUCAGCGAGUUUUCCAUCGCAUGCAAACUGAUCAAUCUGAAACUGAGGGGUUUCGAGAUUCCCAAAGGCCUGCCACCCUCACUUUUAGCCUCACUUAAGCCCCACAACACUUCGACUCCACCUGCCAUUCCCCCGUUACCGAACCCUGCGUUGAUCAACCAUCCGCCAGCGCGUCCAGAACCCCCAAAGGUAACACUCGUCCAACCGGUAGUUGGUACUGCUCAGCCAAUGAUCAGUGGUUCACAGCGGAUUUUGAGUAGCACCCCUAGUGUCAUCAGCACCCAGCCCUUAAUGCAGCCUCUAGUUCCUGGGCUGCCCAAUAUGACCCCAAUGCCCCCCACUGGGGUUGUGCAGCCAGUCAAUGUGAUGGGGGUUUCGGUUUCUAACCCCGGAUUUAUGAUACCCACGGGAAUUGUGCCCCCAAUGCCAACCAAUGUAGCUCCGUUGGGGUCUCAGCCGGUAGGUGGAUUUGCUGUUCCACAGCCUUCCAUGAUUGCAACAGCUCCGCUGAAUUCCGCUGGGCCUUUAUCUCCAGUAGGCUCUGUUGGGUCCUCGGGCACUCCAGCUCUCCCUCUAGCCGGGCCUGGAGCCACCAGUACUCCUAGAGCCAGUGUUACCAGUCUGGAUCGGGCUGGAUCAAUCGACUCUGGCAUGGGAGUAGAAUGGUCAGUCUCACAGCAAAUCAAACUGAAAUACACGCAAAUGUUCAACACGAUGGACAGGACUCGGAGCGGAUUUCUUUCCGGGGCUCAAGCUAGGAACGUUAUGGUACAGACCAAGUUACCUCAAGCGCUACUGGCGCAAAUCUGGGCUUUAAGUGACAUGGACACCGAUGGACGUUUAGGGUGCGAAGAGUUCGUUUUGGCCAUGCAUUUGUGCGAAACCGCCCUAGCAGGCACGCCACUCCCCACCAAACUACCGCCGGACUUGGUUCCUCCAUCUUUCAGAAGAAGCGCCAGAACAGCUUCCAUUUCCAGUCAGGGCAGCACGAUUCAUGCCGAUCAAGACCCGGCAUCUACUUUACUACAGACUUCUUUUGAAGAUAAACGCAAAGAAAACUACGAGAAAGGGCAAGCCGAGCUGGAAAGGCGACGAAAAGCCUUGAUGGAUCAGCAGAGGAAAGAGGCAGAGGAGCGCGAGCGAAAGGAACGAGAGGAGCAAGAUAGGAAAGAGAAGGCACGACAGGAAGCCGAAAGAAAGCGACUGGAGGAGUUGGAUCGGAUCAUGAGGGAGCAGCAAGAGAAGGAGAAGCUUAUGGAAGAAGAACGAAGGCGGCAGGCGGAGCAACGAGAAGCAGCCAGAAGGGAGAUGGAACGACAAAGGCAAUUGGAAUGGGAGAAACAGCGGCUUCAAGAACUGCAGCAGCAACGGCAAAGAGAGCAGGAAACUGUUCUCAAAUUGAAGGCAAAGAACCAAAGUUUGACCAUUGAAUUGACCUCAUUGAACGACCAAGUCAAGGAACUGUCUCAGAAAAUAUGCGAUACCAGAAUCGGAGUGUCCAACGUGAAAACAACUAUUGAUGGCAUGCGGAGCACUCGAGAUGCCCAAAUGCAGGACAUGUCGCGUCUCAAAACCAAACUAAAGGAUCAGAAUGCGAAACUACUGUCCUUGUCGCAAGAGAAAAUAAAGUUGGACACGCGAAACAAAAUUAACACCCAGGACUCAGAGCAAACGAAGCUGUCCUUUGAAAACAAGGAAGUCACCAUCAAAAACUUGCGCGAGAAAGUGGCAGACAUCCAAACGCAAAUCGACUCGAAGCUAUCAGACAUCGAGAAUAACAACAGCCAAUUGACGGAGCUGAAGGGUGAAAUGAAGACGCUGAUUACGGACUGCGAAGGGCUGUAUGCAAGAUACGAAGAAAAGAAGCAGCAAGUGCUGGAAUUGAAGAGUACCAAUAAAUCGGCCCAUUACGGUGACGCCUGGAAAGCUACAGACGCUUGGGGUAACGACGACACAACUGCCUCAAGUUGGCCAGUUGAAAACACCUGGAAUGACUCAGUGCCCGCAGACAUCGAAAAUAUACCGGGCGUGCACAAAUACAAGGCAAUCUACGAGUUUAGUGCGCGAAAUAGUGACGAAAUUUCAUUCCAACCAGGAGAUAUUAUCCAUGUACCAGAGCAGCAAACUGGGGAGCCUGGAUGGCUGGCGGGAGAGAUUGGAGGACACACCGGAUGGUUCCCGGAAUCGUAUGUGGAACCGUUCGAUGGGAUCGGGAUAAAAGGAGGUAGUGCAACCGCUAGCAUCCCUGAGGAUGCCACCCCCCAAGUAGAACCCAUUAAAACAGAGGAGAUAAGUGGAGAUGGGCAAGACGCCCAGUACUCUGCAAGCACUGUUGUGCCUGAAUCGCCGGCCACUUUGACGACGGGCAUCCAGCUUGAAGGCGAACCGGAGUUUUACAUCGCCAACUACCCUUACCAGUCGCAAGAGCCUGGGGACUUAACGUUCAACGCAGGGGAUACAAUCGCAGUGUAUAAGAAGGACGGCGAUUGGUGGACAGGGAAACUCAACGACGUCUUGGGUAUUUUUCCCAGCAACUACGUCCAAAAAAUCGAUAACUUAACUACACGACCUUCGUCAGAAGUGAGCGCUUUCGCGACCGCUCGAAACGAACCCAGCGUUGAAAUGCCGAUUGGAGUGAGUGCCUCAGCAAUCACUUCCGCGCUCGAGAACUUCAGUAGCGCUAACUCGCAGAUCGACAAUGAAGUGUCGCAGAUAAACAACGAAGUGUCCCAAAUAAACGAGCUCAAACACACCGAGAAACAGUUUGAUGCUUCUGUGAUGUCUAAUGCACAGGUGGUCAAAGGCAAGAAGCCGGAAAUCGCCUCAGUUAUAGCACCGUACCAGGCGACCAGUCCCGAGCAACUUUCGCUGGCUAGAGGACAAUUGAUCAUGAUUAGGAAAAAAACGGAUUCAGGAUGGUGGGAAGGCGAGCUACAGGCCAAAGGCCGCAAGCGACAAGUGGGUUGGUUCCCGGCAAGUUACGUGAAAAUUUUGAACAGCAGCGGCAAGAUUAGCGGCAGAUCCACCCCGGUUUCCACUACCAGGAUGCAACAAGAAGUUAUUAUCGAUAAAGUGGUGGCAUUGUACCCGUACACGGCCAAUAAUCCAGAUGAACUCAGCUUUCUGAAAGACGACAUUAUCAAUGUAACUGCGCGAGAAGAGGAAGCUUGGUGGAGAGGCGAAGUAAAUGGUGUUUCCGGGCUGUUUCCCAGCAAUUACGUUGCUCCGCUUCAACAGAAUCAAUUGCCAGUGGGAGACAAAAAGCGGCAGGGUGCAAUAAAUGAAUUGAUUGAAACCGAGAAGGCGUACGUGCAGGAUAUGUCUAUUGUCCAUGAGGUUUUUGAGCUGCCCCUAAGGAAAAGUAAAAUAAUCCCCAGCGAUCAAAUUGACCAAAUUCUUGUCAACUGGCAGGAUAUUCUUCAUUGCAAUCAGAUUUUUCUAACCGAGCUGACCCAAGCGUUCAAUGCUCGGACUGAAACGAUUGGAAAUAUAAUUUGCCAGCACUUGCCGAGGAUGACUGGAUACAUCACAUUCUGUGCAAAGCAACUUGAUAGCGCCAGCUUACUUCAGGAACUGACCGAAACCAAUACAGCAUUCCGGGAGCUGGUCAGAAAAUGCCAAAACAACUACAUGACCAAAGGAAUGCCACUAUCCUCAUUUUUAAUCAAACCCAUGCAACGAAUCACCAAAUACCCUCUACUAAUCAGCAAGAUCAUCGAAAACACCCCGCAAAAUCAACCAGAUUUCAGACUUUUGGAAGAAGCCCUACGGAUAUCUGAAAAGUUCCUGAGUUGCGUCAACGAAAAUAUUCGACUGAAGGAAAACGAAGAGAGAAUGGCCUGGUUGCAACAAUGCGUCCAAAACGACCUAAAUCUGGUAUUCAACAGCAACACGAAUAAACUGGGGCCUAGACAACUCCUGCAUUUCAGUAGCUUUACAAAGCUGAAAACUGGCAAAGAACUAUUGGGGUUUUUGUUCAAUGACUUCCUGAUGCUUGUCCAGCCGAGCAAAAGCAACAUUGGCCAGUUUUAUUUCCAGAAAAACACCAAUAUCACCUACAAAAUGUACAAGCAACCGAUUUUGGUUCAGAACCUGACGGCCAGCAGGGAAAGCUCAGACUCCGUGGAGCAUGGCACCGAUUCGAACAGGGUGGUGAAAAUCCAGGAUGAAAAAACCGGCUACAAAAUAUAUCUGCUGGCUGCGACUGUGCACGAGUGCAACACAUGGGCCAAGAAAAUUGACGGCGCUCGCGAGGUAUUCGAAAAAAUCAACCACUUGACCAAACAGAACAAGCGAAAAACGCUGUUAAGUAGAAGCCAGUAUGCAUGGCUGGUGGUCUUGGAGGGCCAAGAAAUUCUGGUCAAGUGCAACCCUCAAACAUGCGGAUUUGACCAGAGAAAAGGUAAACCCCAUACCGAAAAUAUCUACUGCAGAGUGACUCUGGGAAAUCAGGAACAAGAAACCGACUUUGCCAAAGACAGCAUGGAAAAUGGUAAUAAUACUCAACAAAACGGCGCUCCGCAGUUGGCCAAUUUGGUAUGGAACUGCAGCAUGCAGUUUCAGUUAAGAAACCUCAACAAGGAGCGUUUAACGUUUGUCGUAUUGGAACACAACCCUUACAGCCUGGAUGAGUUUUUGGGGAAAGCUGAACUAAACCUCCACGAUGUUUACACGGAAUCCCAAAACACUAAUGGCCCGCUUAUUAAGAAACUCAUCCUCCAUCAGGUGGAGAGUGGCGAACUAACAGUGAAAAUUGAUUUGCACUUGUUCAACCUUUACUAGACUGAAUUAUUGCCGAACAUCGAUGUUUUAUGAGUAAUGCUUUCAAUCUUAAGUAGACAGAAUCUCAGUUUUUUAAGUAAAACUAAGGCUCUGAAAAGUGUUCUAACGAUCAUCUGAGGCGCUUAUGAGUAUUAAUGAAAUUAAAUAGUAUUUAUUCAAGUAUUCCAGUCCAUGCUAUUGAAUCAUGUAGGCUUUUGAUCUAGAUUUUGUUUAUACAAUUAUUAUAGUUAUUGACGUUCUCUAUGUAAAUAUAUUGCCUAUGUACCGUUCUUUAUAGAAGAUAUUUUUUUAAUUUUACACUCGGGUUUGCUCACUUUUUGUAAAAGUUGGUCGAGUUUACACGACUUUUUGGUCAUUCGGUCCGGUCGAUUGCUCAAUACUGCCAAAUUAAUCAAUCAAAGAUUUUCUAGAUUUUAGUAAACUUGACAAACUGAGUUUAGUUAAAGAAAACUUAGCCGAUUUAUUCAUUCAUAUAAACUCGUUAUUUUGUCAAUGUCCAUAGUAAUUUAGAGCUUUGUACUGGCUAAGAAAACAAAUUUCGGUUUAUCUCUGCUUGAAGAAGAUGAACUAAAAUUAACGAAUGCUUCGCAACACCCGACAGAAAGCAAUAAGAAAAAACCAGGCGUUACCGCUUAUAAAGUAUGAAAUUUGUUUUGCGUUUUCUACGCCGUUCUAUAGACAAUAAAAUGUGUCCUGAUUAAGCAAA